GCAGUAAGUCGGCGGGCAACAGUCCCACUGAAACGCUGCAGCAUCAAAUUGAUGCAGGCUUUCUGAUGCACCUGGAGGAGCUCAAAGAGUUUCUUAUGCUGGAGAAGAAUCUCACCCAGGAGGGACUAUUUCGCACGACAGGAGCCGUUUCCAGGCAGAACGAGCUACGAAUGCACAUACAGCACGACCAGCCCUUGGAUUUGGAACUGACAGGAUUCUCGGCUCACGACUGUGCCACUGUUUUUAAGAGCUUUCUGGCCGAGCUGCCAGAGCCUUUGCUUACAGACGCCCACUCUCCAGCACAUCUUCAGAUAGCGCCGCUUAGCCAGGCAUUAAUGGGGGGUCAGGUGGCGGCUACCGCAGAGCGCCAACAACAUCUUCUCAACUCGGUGCAGCUGCUCCUUCUCCUGCUCCCCGAAGAGCAUCGCGAGUUACUGCAGCACAUUAUUAAAAUGCUCCAUUCGGUGGCAGCGCGUGAGGAGAGCAACAAGAUGUCCGCGGAGAAUUUGGCCAUCUUGUAUACGCCGCACCUGAUUUGCCCCAGGCAAAUGCCGCCUGAGGCGCUCCACUAUACGGCGAAGAAGAUGUCCAGCAUUGGGUCCUACAUGAUUCAGCAGGGUCUGGAAAUCUUCGAAGUUCCCGGAAAGCUAGCCACCGAUAUUCGGGCGUACUUUCUUGAGCGCAAACGCAAAAAAACCAUGUCACCGGAGCAAACCCUUGAAGAAUCCAUCUCGGACGACUCGACGGUCAACACGGUGUACACUUUUGUAGAUCGUGCCGCCACGGCAGCGGCAAACAACAGCAAUUACACGGACACUGCACUGGCGCAGCUGUACGCGCACAUUCAGAGCCUUCCGGAGUCCUCCAAGAAGCGUCGCCUCAUCAAGCAGUUUAACAAGCAAAACGGACAAGGCACACCGCUGCAGGUCAUCGCGAGGAGCUCCAGCGUGCCAUAAGGGAGCAUCACGAGAAGCAUGAUGCCAAAAUGAUGCGCGCCAUGGAGGAGGCAGAGCGUAAGAAGUAGAAAUCCAUAUGGAUCACUGCACCCAGCCGUUUCGUUAUAUAACACCAUUUCGAUCAUCCUGCAGCUAUGCCAUAAAUGCGGCUAAACUGAAACUGUAAACACUUUUGUAUGCGACGUAAUAAAGACUUGAAUGUACCCAAAGCA